UUGUUUUACAGCAAAUUUAUCAGCUGGACUUUAGUUUAAAGCGUCUUGUUAAACCGUACAGUAACAAAUUCGAGCGGUUGAAUUCGGAAGAAAGGACAAAUACCAAAUACAUGUUAAAAUUCUGAUGCAACAUUGAAUUGCUGUAAAUUUCUUCGAAGCAAAAGUUUAGUGUAAAAAACCAUUUCGGCAACAUGAAUGUUCUGCUGAGAAAAGGUUCGCAAAUGCUGAAUGCGAUUAAACCAUCAUAUUCUACAAAUAUUUGGAGAGCUGCCAGCAUUCAACCGCCACGACAACCCGUUACAGCGCCCGAGAAACGUCUUAGCCUGGAACGGAAACAGCCAACAUUCACUGAAAGAAGUCAAUUGAAAUAUGCCCGUCGUCUUGUUGUAAAACUGGGAAGUGCUGUUAUCACCCGAGAAGAUAAUCAUGGCCUUGCCCUUGGCCGUUUAGCCUCCAUUGUGGAGCAGGUUGCAGAAUGUCACUUGGAGGGUCGUGAAGUUAUGAUGGUUACCAGCGGUGCUGUUGCCUUUGGCAAACAAAAGUUAACACAGGAACUGUUGAUGUCACUGUCCAUGCGAGAAACACUUGCACCCAAGGACCAUUCGAAAGCGGAGGAGGGUUUCUUGUUGGAUCCUAGAGCAGCAGCUGCAGUUGGUCAAUCUGGUUUGAUGUCGCUGUAUGAUGCCAUGUUUGCACAGUACGGUGUGAAAAUAGCUCAGGUCCUGGUUACAAAACCAGAUUUCUACAAUGACGAGACUCGCAACAAUUUAUUCUGCACCUUGUCGGAGCUAAUUAGUUUGAACAUAGUGCCCAUUAUAAAUACAAACGACGCCGUUUCUCCACCCAUGUUCAUUGUGGAUGAUGAUCUUCCCGCGGGAUCUAAGAAGGGAAUUGCCAUUAAGGAUAACGAUAGUUUGUCGGCCAUGCUGGCUGCUGAGGUGCAGGCAGACUUGCUCAUUCUAAUGUCGGAUGUUGAUGGCAUCUACAAUAAGCCACCGUGGGAAGAUGGCGCCAAACUGAUGCACACGUACACAACGAACGACAGCCGUCUCAUCGAGUUUGGAAAGAAGUCCAAGGUUGGCACAGGUGGCAUGGACUCCAAAGUCAAAGCAGCUACAUGGGCACUAGACCGUGGUGUGAGUGUUGUUAUUUGCAAUGGUAUGCAAGAAAAGGCCAUUAAAACUAUAAUUGGUGGCAGGAAAGUAGGAACAUUCUUCACAGAAUCAACAGAGGGCUACACGACUCCUGUCGAAGAACUUGCUGAAAACGCACGCAUUGGCAGCCGUCAGUUGCAAAGCUUGUCAGCGGAGCAGAGAGCUUCUGCUGUUAAUACUUUGGCUGAUUUAUUGGUUAGCCGUGAGGCUUUCAUUUUGGAGGCCAACGCCAAGGAUCUUGUUGAGGCACAACGUAACGGCUUGGCGAAGCCAUUGUUGUCACGUUUGUCCCUGAACACGGGAAAAUUGAGAAAUUUGUCAGUUGGAUUGAAACAGAUUGCGGACUCCAGUCAUAACAAUGUUGGUCGUGUCCUAAGACGUACCAGACUAGCAGAGAAUUUAGAUUUGACACAAGUCACAGUCCCCAUUGGAGUCUUAUUGGUUAUAUUUGAAUCUCGUCCAGACUCUUUACCUCAGGUGGCGGCUUUAGCUAUAGCUUCUGCCAACGGCUUGCUGCUGAAAGGUGGAAAAGAAGCGUCGAACAGUAACAAAGCCUUAAUGGAAUUGGUGAAAGAAGCUUUGGCCACAGUUGGCGCUGAAAAGUCUGUAUCAUUGGUGUCAACACGUGAGGAAAUCAGUGAUUUGUUGUCAAUGGAUGACCACAUCGAUUUAAUUAUCCCACGUGGUUCAUCAGAUUUGGUACGCAGCAUUCAACAGCAGUCUCUUCACAUUCCUGUACUGGGGCAUGCCGAAGGUGUUUGUCACGUUUUCAUUGAUAAAGACGCCGACGUGAAAAAGGCACUGAAAAUUGUCCGUGACGCUAAGUGUGACUAUCCUGCUGCCUGCAAUGCCAUGGAAACGCUACUCAUCCACGAAGAUUUAAUGAGCGGUGACAUUUUCAAUAAUGUGUGCAACAUGUUGAAACGUGAAGGGGUUAAAAUCUAUUCAGGACCUAAACUGAAUCAACAACUCACAUUUGGUCCACCAGCUGCUAAAAGUUUAAAGCAUGAAUACGGUUCGCUUGAGUGCUGCAUUGAAAUCGUUAAGGACUUGGACGAGGCCAUUGAUCACAUACACACAUUCGGCAGUGGACACACUGAUGUUAUUGUGACCGAAAACGAUUCAGCAGCGCAGCAUUUCCUUUGCAGUGUUGAUAGUGCCUGCGUGUUUCACAAUGCCAGCUCACGUUUUGCUGAUGGUUUCCGCUUUGGUCUGGGUGCCGAAGUUGGCAUUUCAACAGCACGCAUUCAUGCCCGAGGACCAGUGGGUGUAGAAGGCUUACUCACUAGUAAAUGGAUUUUACGCGGCAACGAUCACACGGCAGCUGAUUUUGCAGAAGGCGGAAGAGGUGUUUGGUUGCAUGAAUCGAUGCCAAUUUAAAUAGUAGCCUUUAUGAGCUAAAAAUCAAUGUUCAGUCAAAUGUUUCAUACUUUCUAAAUACGUGCUUUCAUUAUUCGGUUAUAUAUAUGUACUAUGCAAAAUGAAAUUUAUAUUUUUAUUAAAAUUAGAAAAAACGG